AUGCUGCGGACCCUCGGACGAGUGGUCCAACGCGCCCGUGCGGCGCCGCGAAGCGCUGGCGCGCGGGCCGCGGCGCCGCGGCGGGCCGCCGCGCGCGCCCUCGCGACGCACGUCCUGAACGUGCCCGCGAUGGGCGACUCGAUCACCGAGGGCACGGUCGCGUCCGUCGAGAAGGCGGUCGGCGACGCCGUUGCGGUGGAUGAGAUUGUGGCAGUGAUAGACACGGACAAGGUGUCCGUGGACGUGCGCUCGGACACGGCGGGCGUCGUCCAGAGUCUGUCCGUCGCGGUCGACGACGAGGUCCAGGUCGGCGCCGAGAUGAUGACGCUGGACACGGACGGCGCCGCGGCGCCCGUUGCCGCGCCCGCGGCCGCGCCCGCGGCCGCGCCGGAGCCGGCCGCGGCGCCCGCCGCGGCGCCCGAGCCGGCGCCGAAGCGCGGUCACGUCCCGCUCAUCAAAUUCCUCGGCAAGCGGUCGCUGCUCAAGAAGGAGGCUUCUGCGCCCGUAUCUACGCCCGCCGCCGCGGCGCCGGCCGUGGAGGCGGUCCCGUCGGGCCUCGCCGUCGAGCUCGCGGACCUCGCGCCGCGCUUCGGCCUGACGCCCAUCACCGACGCCGAGAUGGCGGCCGUCGAGUCGGGCGGCGGGAGCGAGGUCGACGCGUGGUGAGGGCCGUCCUUUACGAGUCUGUGG